GAAGGAGCUAGGGGGUUUCCAAAUGCUUCUUCACAUCAUCCGUUCCUUGUGACCCAGUAGAUGCGAUUUCUCCGCACUAUAAGACUCGUCGGCAAGGCCCCUUCUCCUGGUUCUGCCAAGCUACACGUCCCCAGAAGGAAGGUCGGUCUCCAAGCUUGUUAACGGUCUUUGCUGUGGUUUUGCUUCUGCUCCGAGGAAGGCGUACGUUGAAAGUUGCAUGCGAUGAAUUUUCUCGUCUGCCUCGCGGGGCUCCUGGCUCUGUGCGCCGCCCAAGAGGAGCACAAGGUCACCGGCGCCAACAACCAGUUUGGAUUCAAGCUCCUCGAUACGAUUCCAGUCUCACCAGAGGUGAACCUCUUCUACUCGCCGUACAGCGUGUCCACAGCGAUGGCCAUGGCCUACGUUGGUGCCAGAGGAGAGACUCAGCACGACUUGCACGAGACGCUCGGUUACUCCUCCGUAGGCUUGACGCCCGACCACGUGCCCAGCGCCCACGCCCAGCACACGCACCUUCUGCGUGCGCUUUCAAACUCGACCCUUCGCGUCGCCAACGCGGCCGUCAUCCAAAAUGGCUACGUUGUGACGGAGGAGUACCUGGGACUGCUGCGCACGUCAUUCGGGGCCGAGGUCAAUCUCGCAGGCUUGAACGAUGAGCAGUCCGUGAGAGGAAUCAACGACUGGGUCAAGAACAAGACAGAAGGAAAGAUUGAGCAGUUGCUCAGCGAGCCUCUUCCUCCAAACACGAGACUGGUUCUCCUGAACGCUAUUUACUUCAAGGGUCUGUGGAACACGCCUUUCGAAGUGAGAGCAACGUCGAAGGCGCAGUUCUUCAACGCGGGAACCGAGAGAGUUGAGGUCGACACGAUGCACGUCCAGGUGAAUGCGGGACUCGCCGAGGACGACGAGACCAACGCUGAUGUCCUCGACCUGCCUUACGCCGGGCUCGACUACAGUAUGACAAUCGUCCUUCCAAGAGAGAGGAACGGAGUGGAUGCCUUGAGGCAGAACCUUUCGUGGCCAGUCUUCCAACGCCUCCUGUCCAAGCUCAACACGCAUGCCCUCGUUGAAGUGGCGCUGCCCAAGUUCAAGAUCGAAGGCUCGUACAAACUGAAGGCGCCCCUGUCGGCGCUUGGAGCCUCGAAGGCCUUCGACGAGCGCCUCGCCGACUUUUCCGGCAUCAGCGGCUCCCGCGACCUGGUGGUGUACGAUGUCGUACACAAGGCCGUAGUCGAGGUUAACGAAGAAGGAAGCGAAGCUGCGGGCGCGACGGCAGUCAUCACCUACACCAAGAGCGCAACUUUUGGCACUCCCUUCGUGGUCGACCACCCGUUCCUGUUCUUCAUCCGCAACAGGCAAACGGGAGACGUCCUGUUCGCGGGUCAAGUGAACCACCUCUAGAGCGACGGGGCUUCUGUGACUGUGUUUUCUACUCGCGUUUAGUUGGGCGCAAGGAAGGUACAAAUAGAGCUGUUCGUCCCGCCGAUGAAGACACAAUUUUUGAAAUACACGUUAACUAAGGUAGGGAAGCGCGCUUUUUAAGCCUCUGUUUUUUUUUUCUCGCGACCACACUUUUUACUCCUUAACACGUGCUGAACACAUGCGAGAAUUAGCUUGUCUGAUAGAUAGCUAACCAACUGGAUACGAUUAACAGUCGAGUAGCCGCUGCACACACACGAAUUUUUUAUGGAAUGACCGCAAGUUGUCAGCUCCUGAGCAGCGGUUUCAGCAAUCAAGACACCGACGAUCAUUUAGAAAACACGCAUAAGAAAUUCAGCAAUCCUUUUUGUACAUAUACUGCGUGCGUGACUGCGGUGCUCGGGAAGUUGCUUCUUGUAUUUUACUUUUGUUUUGAUGGAAACCUAUAGCUACGUCUUCUUUUUUUCUCGGCAUAUUUCUAAACAUGCAGAAGACCGGCAGCUGUGCAAACUGUAAUAAAACGUGUCCUUGUGAAA